AUGACUGUCAUACAUACACGAUCCUCAGUCCCUCACAGCGUGCAACCUAGCUCCUCUCAUGCCAGUCGUUUAUUAAGUAUCUUGUCUCUUCCGCUUACGAUCGUUUUGGUGACCGGUGGCAACCACGGCAUAGGUAUCAAAGUCGCCAAGAUGUUGCCAGCCGAGAAUUUAGCCGACCAUGUAGUCAUUACUGGGCGGCGAAAAGAUGCGAUUGAGGAAGCUGCCCAAGAGCUUCAACUUAAAGGAAACUCUGUCGAGCCGCUAGUUCUUGAUUUAACCUCAGAUACGUCCAUUCAUGAAGCAGUGGCUUACCUGUCCAACAAGUACGGCUUCCUCGAUGUCUUGAUCAAGAAUGCAGGCAUCAGCGGCAACUCGCCAAUGGGACCAUGGGCGCGCAACGAGUGGCUGAAGGUGAUCGACACCAAUGUAUUUGGCACCUUCGCCACCAAGCGGAUUGUAUUUGUGUCGUCAGAACUCGAUAGCCUCGCAUUGAAGACCGAAUUAUCAAAGGCAUUCGUGCUUCCGUACAAGGUAUACGCCGCCAGCAAUACAGCGCUGAACAUGAUGGCUGUCAAUCUUGCCGCGCAGUAUGCACAGGAUCUCACAUGGAAAACCAACCUUGUCGAGGCGAUUGCGGGACCAGAUUUCCCGACUUUCAAGGACCUCAAAGCGCCGCAGCGGGUGCUGUGA